AUGGCCGUCGGGAAGAACAAGAGGAUUUCGAAGGGAAAGAAGGGAGGGAAGAAGAAAGUGGUUGAUCCAUUCGCAAAAAAGGACUGGUAUGAUAUCAAAGCGCCGUCAGUUUUCAAUACCAGAAACAUCGGCAAAACACUAGUUACUCGUACCCAAGGUACAAAGAUUGCUUCAGAAGGACUUAAGCAUCGUGUGUUUGAAGUGUCCUUGGCUGAUCUUCAAGGUGAUGAGGACCACUCCUUCAGAAAGAUCCGAUUGAGAGCUGAGGAUGUUCAGGGGAAGAAUGUUCUCACAAACUUCUGGGGCAUGAAUUUUACAACUGAUAAAUUGAGGUCACUUGUGAGGAAAUGGCAAUCACUGAUUGAAGCUCACGUUGAUGUUAAGACAACUGAUAACUAUACGUUGAGGAUGUUCUGCAUUGGUUUCACUAAGAAGCGUGCAAACCAACAAAAGAGGACUUGUUAUGCACAGUCAAGCCAGAUUCGCCAGAUCCGACGGAAGAUGAGGGAGAUCAUGAUCAACCAGGCACAAUCUUGUGAUCUCAAGGAUUUGGUUCAGAAGUUCAUUCCUGAGUCAAUUGGGAAGGAGAUUGAGAAAGCAACUUCUAGUAUUUACCCUCUGCAAAAUGUUUAUAUUCGGAAGGUUAAGAUCCUGAAAGCUCCCAAAUUCGACCUUGGCAAGUUGAUGGAGGUUCAUGGUGAUUAUAGUGAAGAUGUUGGUGUGAAGUUGGACAGGCCUGCUGAAGAGCCAAUGGCAGAGGAAACUGAAGUUGUUGGUGCCUGA